AAAUGUAAGUCAAAUCCUUAUCGAAAUAUUUCAAAUGAUAAUCCUUUCUCUAUGCUUCUUAUCAUUUUAAAAAUUAAUGAUGGAUGAUAUCUUUUCAUUGUGCCGUGAAGGUAAUAUUUUAGAAGUCAAAUCCUGGUUAGAAAAUCCUGAAAAUGAUAUUUUACAAGGAGAUGAACACGGGUUUAGUCCUUUACACUGGGCGUGCAAAGAAGGUAGAAUAAACAUAGUGGAUCUUUUACUCCUCAGAGGAGCAUUAAUUAAUUCAACCAAUAUGGGCGAUGAUACUCCUUUACAUUUGGCUUGCAGUCAUGGGCAUCUAGAUAUUGUUAAAAAGUUAUUACAUCAUAGGGCAGAUUUUAAUGCAAUAAAUGAACAUGGUAAUACACCAAUGCAUUACGCUUGUUUUUGGAAUUUUCUGGAGAUAGCUUCGGAACUUUUGAACCGAGGGGCUCAUUUAAAUAUAACCAAUAGACACGGGGAGAUUCCAUUGGAUAAAUGCAAGUCACAAACAAAGACAUCUCUUAUAAAAAAGGCCGAAAUUUUGCGAAUUGACUUAUCUAAAAAAAUUCCUUAUAAAGAUCAAAGUUGGCUUGGGACCAAAAAAAGAAGCAGAGACGCAACAUUAUCACGUAACUCUGGGAUCGAUAUGAAUCAACUAAAUUUCGAAAAAGCAUUAAACUUUAAUCACCUUGACCAAUUAUGGAAGGGUCGAUGGCAAAAUAUAUCUAUAGUGGCUCGUGUCAUCAAAUUUAGAACAACUGUAACCACUAACAAUACCAAAAUACUUAGAAAUUUUCAGGAAGAAUUCCCAAAACUAAGGGUGUUUUCUCAUCCCAAUAUAUUGCCAGUGCUAGGCGGUUCCUUCACCACAGAUCAAAGCAACAAAAAUCAUCAGGAUAAUGAUCACAUUUACGAGGAUUCAAAUAACGGGAAUUUGGAAGAAUUAUUAAAAACCUCUCAUCCAUUGUUGGUUAUAAUAAGUCAGUACUUGUCUAUAGGCUCUUUAUUCAAUGCUCUACAUUCCGGGUCAGGAGUAAACAAAAACAAUGACUUUAUUAACGACUGUAAUAACGAAGGCGAUGAAGUGGAUGACGGUUACUAUGCAAGUAGCGGUGGCUUUUUAUGUUUAAACAAGAAAAUGUCUCUGAAUAUUGCAAUAGAUGUAUGUAGUGGUAUGUCCUAUUUGCAUUCUUUAAAUCCGCUUAUACCUAGAUUUUAUAUCUCAUCUAAAAAUAUUUUGUUGGAUGAAAACAUGAGAGCUCAAAUAAAUAUCUCAGAUUCCAAAUUUUCAUUUCAAAACAAAAACAUAUUAUAUAAUGUCAAUUGGAUGUCUCCUGAAAGUUUAAAGAAAAAGCGUGAACAUCUCAAUAUUCAAGCAAGCGAUAUGUGGAGUUUCGCUGUCGUCUUAUGGGAAUUGAAUACCAAACAAAUACCUUUUCAUUCCAUGUCCAACAUCUUGAUUGGAAUCAGAAUGGCAUUACACAAUGAACGGUUACCUUUAAGUGACAUUCAAUGCAGCCAUAUGAUAAAAUUAGUUAAUAUCGCUAUGAACGAAAAUCCUGCUAAAAGACCCACUUUUGAUAUGGUUACACCAAUUUUAUUGAAGAUGAUCGAUAAAAUAUAAUUGAUUAAUAUAAUCACACCAAACAGAUCUAUUGUUUUAUUUUUUUUUAUUUGUAAUAAUUUAUAUAAAAAUAGAUUCAUCAUUUGCCAUUUUUGUAAUCAACUAAACUUUUUACAGAUCAUUUUUAUAAAUAAUUUUAAACAAAAUCAACAAUUACCAAUUUUUUAUUAAUUUAUAUUUUUAGAUUUAUUUAUAUAUAUUUUUUUAUCCCUUUUUUAAAAUAUAAAACUAUUUUAUUACAUUCUUAUUCAACGUAAUAAUGUUAGUUAUGAAUAUGAUAUAAUUUUUUUGUUUAAGACACUAAUAAAUUUAGGUUUAACCAUU